AUGGAUGCAGUAAAUGUUUCUUUGGUGACUGAAUUCAUUCUGAUAGGAUUAACAGAAAAGCCUGAACUCCAAAUGCCCUUGUUUUUUCUGUUCCUAGCAAUGUACCUGGUCACUGCAUUGGGAAAUUUGUGUUUGAUAAUUCUGACUGUGCUGAAUUCUCACCUCCACACGCCUAUGUACUUUUUUCUCUUUAACUUGUCCUUUGUAGAUAUAUGCUAUUGUUCUGUGUUCACUCCCCAAAUGCUGAUGAACUUUAUAUUAAUGAAAAAUUCCAUUUCUUAUAUUGAAUGUAUGUCCCAAGUCUAUUUCUUUUGCUUCUUUGUUGUUUCUGAGUUCUAUGUGUUGACUUCAAUGGCCUAUGAUCGUUACAUGGCCAUCUGCAAUCCAUUGUUGUAUAAUAGUGUCAUGUCUCCUAAACUAUGUUUGAGCCUUAUGUUUGGUUCCUACUUUAUCUCAUUUUCUAGUGCUGUGGCUCACACUGCAUGCAUGCUGAGACUGACCUUCUGUGAUGCCAACACCAUCAACCACUAUUUCUGUGAUAUUCCUCCUUUGCUCCAGCUCUCCUGCACGAGCACAUAUGUCAACGAAGUUGUAAUAUUUGUUGUUGCGGGCAUCAACCUUGUUGUUCCUACUUCAACUAUCUUUUUCUCCUAUGCUUCCAUCCUCUCCAGUAUCUUGCGCAUCACCUCCUCUGAGGGAAGAUCCAAAGCCUUCAGCACCUGUAGUGCCCACAUUAUUGCUGUUUUUCUCUUCUUUGGUUCAUGUGCACUUUCGUAUUUCAACCCCUCCUCAUCUGGAUCAUUGAAUGAAGGAAAAAUCUCUUCUGUCUUUUAUACCCAUGUUGUUCCCAUGUUGAAUCCCUUAAUCUACAGCUUUAGGAACAAAGAUAUUAAAGUUGCCCUUAGGAAGACCCUAAGCAGUAGGAACAUUUGA